AUGUAUCGUGUAAUCAUUUUACUGAGUGCGGUUUUAUUGUACGUCGAUAUUGCAAAUUGUUUCCAUUUUUGUGCUCAAUAUGAGAAUCAAGUGUCCGAAAAACAAACGCUCAUCGAUAACUUACGAGUCUCUUUAAAUAAUUGUUUGAAUAAAAACGAGCAAUUACGUGAGCAAAAUAAUAUUGUGCAGUCACGACAAAAUGAGGGCGAAAAAAGGGUUCAGGACUUAUUGCUCAGGAUUAAAAGACACCAAAUACAAGAUGCACAAUGUCGAAAGCAAGCAGAGCAAGCCAAAAAUAAACUCCUUGCACAGGAACAGAUUACACAAACACGAGUAGCUCAGUACCAAAAACAAUUAAAUCAUCAAGCAGCUUUGCUGAAGCAGCAAGAGAUGAAAAUCAAGGAGAAAGAAGAACAAAUAUCGCAUUUACAAGCGAAGUUGUUUGCUCAAGAAAACGCCGCUCAAACACAACAAGCUUCGUGUCAGCAACAAAAAGAACAACACCUUCGCUUCCAACAACAACAAGAAAAUACGAUAAAAGAGCAAGGACAACAGAUUGCGAAUUUACAAGCACAAUUGAUUUCUCAAGAAAAAACCGUUCAAACACAAUUAACUUUAUGUCAGCAACAAAAAGAACAACACCUUAAUUUGCAACAACAACAAGAAAAGACGAUAAAAGAGCAAGGACAACAGAUAGCUAAUUUACUAGCAAAGUUGCUUGCUCAAGACAAUACCGAACAAACACAACAAACUUUGUGUCAGCAACACCUUCAAAUCCAACAACAACAAGAAAAGACAAUAAACGAGCAAGGGCAAAAGAUAGCGAAUUUACAAGCACAAUUGAUUUCUCAAGAAAAAACCGCACAAACACAAUUAACUUUGUGUCAGGAACAAAAAGAACAACACCUUCAUUUGCAACAACAACAAGAAAAGACGAUAAAAGAGCAAGGACAACAGAUAGCUAAUUUACUAGCAAAGUUGCUUGCUCAAGACAAGACCGAACAAACACAACAAACUUUAUGUCAGCAACACCUGCAAAUCCAACAACAACAAGAAAAGACAAUAAAAGAACAAGGACAACAGAUAGUGCAGCUGCAACAGAAAUUACUCACACAAGAACAGAGCGCUCUCUCGCAACUAUCUUUGUGUCAACAACAACUAAAACAACAAAUAGCAAUUCACGAAAAAACAACACAAGAGCAACAACUUAAGAUACAACAGCAACAGAUUCGGCUGCUUGAAUUAGAAAAGAGUUCAGUGAUCUUUUCACCUUCUAACAUACCACGAAGCCAAACAUUUGACCAGGUCAGCUCGUUCUUGAAUGAACUGUCCAUAAUACAGUGUCGUUACGCCGCGAAAGAAAUUAUUGAUUCCAGUAAAUAUAAACUUAUAUACGAUCUACCAAAAAAUCUUACAAAUGGUAAUAUAGAAGUUACAAUGAAUAGAAAAGUUAUUUAUGUAAAAGUGAGUGAAGGACAAACAGUUUUGUUUGAAAGCGUUGACUUAUUACCAGUUACUGUGGACUUUGAAGAGGCUGACUGGCAAAUAUUGGGAGAUACUUUGGAGAUAUUAAUUCCAUUUAACAGGGAUAAAACCGACGCUGAAAGAAAAUCAUGUAAUGAGAACGUUUCAAUGGUCAGAAUAAUACAGUCAGAUGUAAAAAUCGAUAAAUUAAAUAGAAGUCAGUAG